CGGGUCAAAGUUGAAAGUGCAGUUAGAGAUGACUCAUGGUUGCCUCUGCGGUACACGCCUGUCAGAAUAAAUUGCAUUGAAUAAAACCAUAACCUAUGCCACCCAAAAUAAUGUAGCUAUGAAUAUUACGAAGAUGAAAUCAGAAUGUGGGUGUCACAUUGAAGCUCGUUUCGUGAAUAUUACACAUAACCAUAACAGUAACACACAUCGCUUGCGGAACACCUGUAAGCAUAACUGGGGGAGAAGUGUAACGUUAACUAGUUCAUCAACUGGAGGCACACACUGCUGGUGGAUCUGAGCAAACACUGUUCUGCUUGGCUGACUGCUCCCGCUCGGCCGGCAGGCUGCUGCAUGUGUGCACCCAUCACUUGCGCCCUCUCCCCGCCGCCUUUCUGCUCUAGCCUCCUCUCCCUGCUGCUGCAGCGCCUGAAGUGAAUGUAUUAAAUCGGGGUGGAGAUGUCAUUGGCGUACCUUCGAUUGUGUACCCAACACAGGUUAGCACUCGGAGCUCGGGGAUAUGCGACCCACAUCAGUGACCGCAGGUCUCGGGAGCAAAAGGAUGAGGGUCCAGUGUUUCAGUAUGUUGGGAAGCAGAGAAAGCCCAACCACAAGGUGUUUGUAUGGGGGUUUAGCUACACUGGAGCCCUGGGCAUCCCCAGCUUUGUGGUUCCAGACAGUGGCAGAAAAAAGCCUAGGAAAUACCAGCUCACUCCUUACCGUCUGGAGACAGAGCAGCAGAUCUCCUCUGCAGCCUGUGGGUACGGCUUUACCCUCCUCUCCUCUUCCACCAAGGACCUCACCAAGGUGUGGGGCAUGGGCCUCAACAGAGACUCACAGCUGGGCUUCCAACGCACCCAACAAGACCGCUAUAAGAGCUAUGACUAUGUGCUGGAGCCCUCUCCGGUGCCUCUCCCCCUGGCCAGGCCCCAGCAGACCAGGGUGGUGCAGGUGGCAUGUGGCCGUGCCCACUCCCUGGUGCUCACCGACUCAGAGGGAGUGUUCAGUCUGGGAAACAAUGCCUAUGGCCAGUGUGGGAGGAAGAUGGUUGAAGAUGAAGUCUACAGUGCCAGUCACAUCAUUCACAAGAUGGAAGGCUUUGACAGCCCAGUGACUCAGGUUGUGUGUGGGCAGGACCACAGUCUGUUCCUGACUGAGACGGGCAAGGUUUAUGCCUGUGGCUGGGGGGCAGACGGACAGACAGGUCUGGGCCACCACAACAUGUGUGCCAGGCCGGUGGCUGUAGGAGGGGACCUGGCUGGUGUGAGAGUGCAGCAGGUGACCACCUACGGAGACUGCAGCAUGGCCGUGUCCCAGGACGGCCAGCUCUAUGGCUGGGGCAACUCUGAGUACCUCCAACUCUCCUCGGUCACUGAGGCCACCCAGAUUAACUCCCCUCGACUCCUUCCUUUUGAAGGGGUGGGCAAAGUGACCCAGGUGGCCUGUGGAGGCACACAGGUGGCCAUUCUGAACGAGAGAGGGGAGGUGUUUGUAUGGGGCUACGGCAUUCUUGGAAAGGGCCCUAAUCUCUCUGAAUCCCAAACCCCUGAGCUGGUCCCUCCUACACUGUUCGGCCGCUCAGAGUUUAACCCUGCGGUGACCGUGAGCCGCAUCCACUGUGGACUGAACCAUUUUGCUGCUGUCACAGAUCGUGGCGAGCUCUUUGUUUGGGGGAAGAAUGUGAGAGGUUGUCUUGGUAUUGGAAAGAAAGAGGACCAGUACUUCCCAUGGCGGGUGACUGUGCCAGGUCAUGUGGUGGAUGUAGCGUGUGGGGUGGACCACAUGGUGGCGCUGGUCAAGUCUGUCAUCUGAGCGUCCCCAGCCGGCAGGGACAGAGCCAGUAAGCCCUUCUCUUCCCUGUGACCCUCCCCCUCUAUCACUGAGGGGUAUCCGGGCCUGUUCAGACGCCCUGUUAGCCUCACAUCCUCUGGCCGCCAAUGGAGUCCUGAACCCCAGAGCCAGCUGUCCUCCAUGGGUGGUAGAGAUCCUCUGUUCCCGGCAAUCUGGUGACUGUGUCCGCCAUCGAACGCUUCAGUCUGCUCCCUGUGUGUCUGGCUAGCACAACAUGGAGGCUGGGUUCACAGGCAACAGUCACUGCAGCACUCCAUUAAUCUCUAUACACUAUUGAUCUGACACUAGUCAUUGGGCACCCUUGUUGGAUGAUGUGAUCAGUGGAGCAGAACUGAUGCGGUGGAGUCAUUUUCUUCCUGCAGAGAAGUGCUGAAACUUGACUGUCAGACCUCCAGAAUAAUGUCCUUAUGGCAUUUUACCUUCACUGUUGAUUUUUUUUAAUACACUGACAAAAUGUUUCAUGAGCUGAAAUAAAAUGUCCAUAUGCACAGAAA